CACCUGCUCGUGUAGGGCAGGGCGGGGAUGCGCAGCCGCGGCCCCUUCUCCUCCUCUCCCCUUCCCCGCCCCUCCCUCCAUCCCUCACCGGCUCCCCGGCUCCCGCCCCGCCCGCCCCGCCCGCCCGCCGCUCCGGGGGGGUCUCCGCCGCCGCCGCCGCCGCCGCCGGAAGGAGCCGCCAUUUGCCACCGCCGAGCGCACGGGCCGAGCCGAGCCGGAUCCGGGAGCCGGAGCGGGACUGGGGCCCGGAGGACGGCGAUGGGGGGCGGCCCCGCCGCAGGAGGACCCGGGCGCGUAACCCCGGGGGCCCGGCCCGCUCCGGACCCGGACCCGCGGGGCGCGGCACCCUGAGCCCCCCUCCCCGCCCCCUGCCCCGGCCAUGGUUGUCCACCCCGCCACCCCUGGGCCACCAGCCCUCUCAGCCUCGCGAGUCCCGGAGCCCGGGUGGUGUCAGCAGUGAACAGCGUUUGCAGGCCCCGAAGACCCCAGCCCGGCUCGGCUCUCCAGCGCGCGCCCCCUUCCCGGCCUUGUCCCUUCCCUUCCCCCCGCCGCCCAAGAACCCCCCUUGCACGCCGCCCCCCGCCCCCCGGAGCCCGGACGAUGCUCAAGUCUCGGCUCCGCAUGUUCCUGAACGAGCUGAAGCUGCUGGUGCUGACCGGCGGGGGGCGGCCCCGGGCCGAGCCGCAGCCCCGGGGGGGCGGGGGAGGCGGCUGCGGCUGGGCGCCUUUUGCCGGCUGCUCCACCCGGGACGGCGACGGCGACGAGGAGGAGUACUACGGGUCGGAGCCGCGGGCCCGGGGCCUGGCCGGGGACAAGGAGCCGCGAACCGGACCCCCGCCACCGCCCGCGCCGCCGCCACCGCCCCCGGGCGCGCUGGAUGCCCUGUCGCUCAGCAGCAGCCUGGACAGCGGGCUCCGAACCCCUCAGUGCCGGAUCUGCUUCCAGGGCCCAGAGCAGGGGGAGCUCCUCAGUCCCUGCCGCUGCGACGGCUCCGUGCGCUGCACUCAUCAGCCCUGCCUCAUCCGCUGGAUCAGUGAGAGGGGCUCCUGGAGCUGUGAACUCUGCUACUUCAAGUACCAGGUCCUGGCGAUCAGUACCAAGAACCCAUUACAGUGGCAGGCCAUCUCCCUGACAGUUAUCGAGAAAGUUCAGAUUGCAGCCAUAGUUCUGGGCUCGCUCUUCCUCGUCGCCAGCAUCUCCUGGCUCAUCUGGUCCUCACUCAGCCCUUCAGCCAAGUGGCAGCGGCAAGAUCUGCUCUUUCAGAUCUGUUACGGCAUGUACGGAUUCAUGGAUGUUGUCUGCAUAGGCCUCAUCGUCCAUGAAGGCUCUUCUGUCUACCGAAUCUUCAAGCGCUGGCAGGCAGUGAACCAGCAGUGGAAGGUCCUGAAUUAUGACAAGACAAAAGACAUAGGAGGAGAUGCAGGGGGAGGGACGGCAGGGAAACCAGGCCCCAGGACCUCACGGACGGGCCCCCCCACUGGGGCUACCAGCCGUCCCCCAGCUGCCCAGCGCAUGCGGACGCUCUUGCCUCAGCGCUGUGGUUAUACAAUCCUGCACCUCCUUGGACAGCUGCGGCCACCAGAUGCCCGUUCCAGCUCCCAUUCUGGCCGAGAAGUUGUCAUGAGGGUCACCACCGUCUGAUCUGGAUUCCAGGAGCAGGGAUCUUAAGUCAAUGCAUCAGCCAGACAUGAGCUCUCAUGGCUGCUGGAGGUACCACCUGGACAAGGUGUUUGGGGCAGUGGCCCCCACCACUGAGGAUCUCUGUGGGCAGCCUCAGGCUGGAGACAUUGUCUGUUCUCUACUACCCAUUGGGUAGAGACACCUGGAUGACAUUCUAGCCACCACUGACAACUCAUACUCAUCCUGAGAUGGUCAGUGGGCAGGUGGGGAGAGCAGCUUUUCUUCCCUGGAAAGAACCGUCUUUACCUCAGCUCCUAGGGCCUCCAGCCCCCGCCGCCCCCUCUAGCUCCAUCAUGGUGACUUGGCAAAGGGGGACCAAUGCCAGAAGAAAGGGGUUGUAGACCCCCAUUCCCCAUCCCAUGGCCAUAGGGCAUCUGGCAAUAAGACUAGUAUACAUUGACCUCCCGUUCCCUGCAUGAGGGCGGGGGACUUCCCCCUGCUCCAUCCCCCAUUGCAUGGGGGAAGGGCAUAAAGAAUCAUUUAUAUGCACGUGGAGACUCCUUUCUCAUCUGGGGGUUUUCUGGAGGGCUGGGAGGUUUUCUGGAGGACUGGGAGGCUUCUCUGCACAGGUUGCAAAUCCCAAAUGCAGCAGUGGGUUCUGAGUUGUGACUCCCACUUGCUAGAAAAGAAGUCACUUUGGCUGCUAGAUGGCAGUGCUCAAAGGUAUCUAAGGAGGGUAGACCUGCCACCUUUGAGUUGUGUGAUUUAGGAAAAAAAUCUCUAGAGUUUUCCUGUCUACCUCAUAGAGUUGGAAUGAGGAUAAAUGAGGGACAGGUUGGAUGCCAUUGCAAAGAAAAUCACUAGUGGCAUAAACAUUUCUAGACUAGUUGAUGGUUCAUUUAUUUCAAAUAGUAACUGGUAUUUCAAAAAUUCCAAUGUGUUUUUCAUCAGGAGUUGCACAGAACCUUGGAAUUUUGUUUUGAACGAUAUAAUAGAUAUGGAAAUAUGAGGGGUAAUAGACACUGAAAAUGUGAAGGAUGGUGGUUAUUUGUAAGGAUGAGAACUCUUUGGGCCAGGGAUGUACUCAGGGCACUUGCCUGAGAACUCCUCAGACCUUCUGAACAUUAGAGCCUGGUGGAUGGGGAAAGGUUGGAGAUGUCCAUCUUGCUCUGGAAGUCAUCUGAAUUUUAUUCUUCCCAGGUACUAUGCUUCUCCAGAAAAUUGGUAUGAAGCGAAUAUGGACUCAUGGAAGGAGUCCCUCAAUAUUAGGAGUCUCUGUCCCCAACCUAAGCUAUUUUUAUGAGAGUUCAGGGUCACAGGUCUGAUCCUGGUGUGCCCAGUUAGUAGUAUUAAGUGGAAAGUAUUGUGCAUGGAGGCAGAAGCAUAGAGAGGGCUGCUGUUUUUAAAGAAAAGUUUGGGAAGGACUAGUUGAGAUGUGGGCCAGAGGGCUGUGGUAUAGCUGAGUGGGAGAGCACUUGCCUAGCAUGCACAAGGCCUUGGGUUCCAUUCCCAGCACUGAAAAAAGAAAAGAAAGAAAAAAAAAAAAAAAAAAAGAAAAGAAAAGAAAGAAAGAAAAUGGGUCAGUCUAAAGUCUGAUCCCUUUCUCCUGAGGCCUGGGGGCUGUGUAUUAUAUGAAUGAUGGUGUCUUUUAAGUGAACCAU